AUGUCGGCUUCCAUACAGGAGUUGGACAACACAGUCCGCGCCUUCUACGAAGGCAAAGGCGACCUGCAAAAACAAGCCGAACAGACAUUGACGGAGUUCAAGCAAAACCCCGAUGCCUGGCUUAUUGUAGGAGACAUUUUGCAACAGUCGUCCUACCCGCAAACCAAAUACCUCGCCCUCCAAGUCCUCGACGAUGUGAUUAUGACCCGGUGGAAGGUUCUGCCAAGGGAACAAUGCUUGGGUAUCCGGAAUUUCAUCGUCAACUUCAUUAUCGAAAACUCCAGUUCCGAGGAGAAGCUUAGAAGCGAACGCGCCUUUGUGAACAAGUUAAAUUUGGUCCUCGUGUCGAUCUUGAAGCAGGAAUGGCCGCACAAUUGGCCGACCUUCAUCAACGAGAUCAUUUCAUCCUGCCAUACAAGCCUCUCCAUCUGCGAAAACAACAUGGCGAUCCUUCGGCUGCUUUCCGAGGAGGUGUUCGAUUUCUCGCAAGACCAGAUGACAUCGGUCAAGGCCAGGAACCUGAAGACUUCGAUGACACAGGAGUUUUCGUCGAUCUUCCAGCUGUGCUCCGAAGUUCUGAAUACCGCAAACCAACCCAGCCUAGUGAAAGCCACACUCGAAACCCUCCUGCGAUUUUUGAACUGGAUCCCGUUGGGAUACAUCUUCGAGACGCCCAUCAUAAAUACCCUACUGACGCGGUUCCUCGAUGUUCCGGAAUUCCGCAACGUGACGUUGAAAUGUCUCACGGAGAUCGGUGGUUUACAAUUCGGAGCCCCGUACAACUACGACGAGCGACUCGUUCACAUGUUUACUGAGACUUUGACCGCCGUGUCUAAAAUCAUCCCGCUGUCUAUGGACUUGAAGCAGACGUUCGCGAAGAGCAACUCCAGAGACCAGGAGUUCGUUCUCAACCUGGCCUUGUUCCUCUGCAGCUUUUUCAGUGCGCAUCUCGAUCUUAUUGAGAAGCUACCGAACCGUGACUACCUCACCCACGCUCAUUUCUACCUCAUUCGCAUCAGCCAGAUCGAUGAUAGAGAGGUUUUUAAGAUCUGCCUGGAGUACUGGACGCGACUUGUGCAAGAACUCUACGAAGAAAUGCAACAGCUCCCUAUCACCGAUAUCAACCCACUGGUGAGCAUGGGCGUCAGUGGCCUUUCGAAUGGAGGUGCGCCGCACCCUAGCACCCUCGCCAACUACCCCCUUCGCAAGCACAAGUACGAAGAAGUUCUUUCCAGCUUGCGCACAGUCAUGAUCGAAAAGAUGGUCCGCCCGGAAGAAGUCUUGAUCGUGGAAAAUGAUGAGGGUGAGAUCGUCCGGGAAUUCGUCAAGGAGAGCGACACCAUCCAGCUCUACAAGACGAUAAGAGAGUGCCUGGUCUACCUCACCCAUCUGGAUGUCGUCGACACGGAGAACAUCAUGAUCGAGAAGCUUGCAAAGCAGGUGGAUGGAACCGAGUGGUCGUGGGCCAACUGCAACACGCUCUGCUGGGCCAUCGGAUCGAUCUCCGGCGCCAUGAACGAGGAGACCGAAAAACGCUUCCUUGUCACGGUCAUCAAGGAUCUCCUUGGACUCACAGAGCUGAAGCGUGGAAAGGACAACAAGGCUGUGGUCGCCAGUAACAUCAUGUACAUCGUCGGCCAAUACCCUCGCUUCUUGAAAGCCCAUUGGAAGUUCCUCAAGACCGUCGUCAACAAAUUGUUUGAAUUCAUGCACGAGACACACGAAGGUGUCCAAGAUAUGGCUUGCGAUACGUUUAUCAAGAUCGCCAACAAAUGCAGGCGUCAUUUCGUGGCCUUACAGCCCGGUGAGAACGAGCCCUUCAUCGAGGAAAUCGUACGCAACAUGAGGAAGAUCACUUGCGAUCUCUCGCCGCAGCAAGUCCAUACCUUCUACGAAGCAUGUGGCUAUAUGAUCUCCGCACAGGGCCAAAAGGGUCUCCAAGAUCGUCUCAUUGAGAACCUCAUGUCCCUGCCUAACUCUGCAUGGGAUGCCAUCAUUGCUCAGGCAAACCAAGACCCGUCCAUCCUUCAGGACGGCGAGACAAUCAAGAUCAUCGGAAACAUCAUGAAGACCAAUGUUGCCGCGUGUUCAUCAAUUGGCACAUACUUCUACUCUCAACUGGGCCGUAUCUACCACGAUAUGCUGAACAUGUUCCGGGCCUCCAGCCAGCUCAUCAGCGAUGCAGUUGCACAUGACGGUGAAAUCGCAACCAAGACGCCCAAGGUCCGAGGCUUGAGGACGAUCAAGAAAGAAAUCCUCAAACUCAUCGAUACCUAUGUACAGAAGGCCGAUGAUUUGGAGAUGGUCAAUGCAAACAUGGUUCCCCCGCUCCUCGAGGCCGUACUGGUGGAUUACAACCGCAACGUUCCCGAUGCUCGUGAAGCCGAAGUCCUCAAUGUCAUGACAACAAUUAUUCACAAGUUGCAUAACUUGAUGGAAGACAAGGUUCCGUUGAUCAUGGAGAGCGUGUUUGAGUGCACCCUGGAAAUGAUUAACAAAGACUUCCACGAAUAUCCUGAGCACCGUGUCCAGUUCUUCAAGCUGUUACAAGCGAUCAACUUGUAUUGCUUCCCGGCGUUGCUCAAGUUGGAUGCUACACAGUUCAAGUUUGUCAUCGACUCCUGCAUGUGGGCCAGCAAGCAUGACAACCGCGAGGUCGAAAACACCGGUCUUACCAUGUGUCUGGAACUCAUGAACAACAUGGCCGAAACGGACGCCCAAACAUCGAGCAUCUUCUUCCGCCAAUUCUUUAUUCCGAUCCUCCAGGACGUAUUCUUCGUCCUGACCGACAGUGAUCACAAAGCUGGGUUCAAAUCUCAGGCGAUGCUCUUGUCGCGGAUGUUCUUCUUUAUCGAGUCUGGCAAGGUGCAAGACCCGAUUUACGGCCCCGACCAGGCCCCAUUGGGCACGUCGAACAAAGAUUUCUUGCAGGAAUACGUUGCGAAUCUCUUGCAGAACGCAUUCAAAAACCUUCAGGAAAUCCAAAUCAAGCAGUUCGUUAUCGGUCUAUUUGCCUUCAACGACGAUUUCAACAAGUUCAAGACCCAUUUGCGGGAUUUCUUGAUCUCGUUGAAAGAGUUUGCUGGCGACAAUGCCGAACUGUAUGCGGAAGAGAGAGAACAAGCCUUGCGAGACGCCAAGGCUGCUGAACGAGACCGCGCCAUGAAGGUCGGAGGUCUCCUCAAGCCAUCUGAAAUGGACCAAGAAGACGAACUAUGA